AAAGAUGUUUACAGAGGAAAUGUCAUCCUGAGUACAGGUAGGACUGUAGCCACAAGUUUUGUACAGGGAGAAAAUUCAAUGGAAUCCUCAGCAGACAAGGAGUCUGAGGCACUCCUUGACAGAAUGACCGACUCUCUGACCAAUGUUAUGAGAUUAUCUGAACAGCAUGAAUGUCCAGACGGCCAAAGCACUGCAGCCCACAGAGCUACUGAGCAGGGGGACGAUGCCUUCUUUGACUGUGAGGAGUCUCUGGAUGGAGCAGACGGCUCCAUGGGUGACAGGCAAAGAAGGACUGACUGUUCAGAAGCCCCAGCAUUAUGCCAGGAAACAGAGGGAUGUUCACCAAACACAGAGAAAAAACACGUCAAUGCAGAGUUAGGAGAAGAAGCUGAAUUGUCAAGGGAGAGAACUACAUUAUUGGGAGGUGAAGAGGAGGAGGAAAAAGAAACUUGGGAUGAGUGCACUGAAGAAGACAAGAGUAUGGCAGUUGAAGGGGGAGAUUCUGAUACUGAACUGAAUGAAGAAGAGAACCCCCCCCCUGAAUUUGAUGAGGAGUAUCUGAGACAAGUGGAGAAAGACAUGACAGAGGAGGAAACAGAGAGCCGCAGAGAGGAGAGCAUGAGCCUGAAGGACAAGGGGAACAGUCAGUUCAAGAGUGGAGAGCACACUGAGGCAGAGGAGUCGUACACUGCAGCUUUAGGAUUAUGCCCUGUGUGUUACAGCAAGGAGAGAGCUAUCCUCUUCUCUAACCGUGCUGCUGCCCGCCUGCACCUGGAUAAGAAUGAGAGAGCCAUCGCUGACUGCACAAAGGCCAUAGAGUUGAACCCAAACUACAUGCGAGCGAUCCUGCGGAGGGCAGAGCUCUAUGAGAAAACAGACAAGCUGGAUGAGGCUUUGGAAGACUACAAGGCUGCUUUGGAGAAAGACCCCGACCUGCCUUCAGCCAGAGAGGCCUGCAUGCGGCUUCCACAACAGAUCCACGAGCGAAAUGAGAAGCUGAAGGACGAUAUGAUGGGCAAACUGAAGGACUUGGGCAAUAUGUUCCUGCGGCCAUUUGGUCUGUCCACAUCAAACUUCCAGGUAAACCAGGAUUCGGGCACUGGAUCCUACUCUGUCAACUUUGUUCAGAAUCCUAACAACAACAACAACAGAUCACAGCAUGAGGAGCCUGUCUGAGAGCCGUCGUCACACCUGGCUUGGCCACCAGAGCUAAGAGACAGUCAGGACCCUCCACUGGUGUGUCAGAGUGGGAUCCGUUUGAAAUGUAAAAGACAGUCUUUCAUGGUUAAAUAAGAUUGUGUGUGUGAGAGAUGGCGGACAGUCUGAAAGGGCCAUUAAAUGAUCAGUGACUGUUA